UGAUGUGGACAGAAGUCAGGCAGCAGAGCUUUGUUAAACAGCAGAUGUUUUACACUGCGUCCGUUACCCUCAUUUCCUGGGCGGAGAGCUCCUCGCUCUAUUAGACGAGUAACAGGAACCAGAAAAAAAGAGUUAGAGAGAGAGAGAGAGAGAGAGAGAGAGAAGCUAGCUGAGCUUGGAGCUCCCACAAAUCACUUUGUCACCAGCAAGCUCUGACAAGCACCAGGAGAGAGGGAGCGCACAGGGAGAAAGGGAGAGAGACGGGGAGUUAAAUAGAGGUGCAAAUAGGGUGCUGUGUCAGAGAAGACUCAAGAAGGGAGGUGUGAUGAAAUUGCAGAGGGCAUAACUGAGGUGAUACCGAUGGAUGGAUAGAGCUUGCGUCACUCACACCUCUCCACAGAGGGAUUCACUGUGCCCUAAGCAUCCUCAGUCGGAGGAAAGGCAUUGAAAGAAAAGGUGAGGGAGGAUUUGCCAAGAACCAAAGCGCAUAAGAGGUUGCAAACCGUCAGGUUGGCACCAUGAAGCUGGCGUUGUUAAUGCUCAUGGCUGUGUACACGGUGGGCAACGUAAGUGGUAUGUCUACAUGUAAGACGCUGGACCUGGAGAUGGUGAAGAAAAAGCGCAUCGAGGCCAUCAGGAGCCAGAUCCUCAGCAAACUGCGAUUGCCGAAAGAGCCAGAUCAGGAAGGAGAUGAGGAGGAAAUCCCUACCCCCCUGCUGUCCCUCUACAACAGCACCAAGGAGAUGCUGAUGGAGCAGCAGAUCGAGGGACACAAAAACAUCUCAACUGAACAGGAGGAAGAGGAGUACUUUGCCAAGGUGCUGCACAAGUUCAACAUGACCGCCAAAAAUGACACAGGGACCACCAGGUCCUCCAAAAGCAUCCCGAUGUUCUUCAACAUCUUUGAGAUUCGGCAAAGUGUGGGGGAUCACCACCUGCUGACCAGCGCGGAGCUACGGAUGCUCAUCAAGCAACCCAGCAUACCUACUGAGCAGCGGGUGGAGCUGUACCAGGGUCUGGGAUCAUCGGCCCGCUACCUCACUUCCCGCUUCAUCACCAACAAGUUGAAAGACAAGUGGCUGUCCUUCGAUGUCACUGAGACGCUGCGGAACUGGCUCCAAGGGACCGAGGACGAGCAGGGUUUCCAACUUCGGCUGUUCUGUGAAUGCGGCCAGACAGGCGGUGACAACGGCUUCGAUUUUAGCAUCUCUGGGAUCAAGACUGGUAGGGGAGACACAGCGGCCUUACAAGCGAUGACGCAGCAACCACCCUACAUCCUGACCAUGUCCAUCCCUCAGAACAGCAGCAGCCACCUCACAUCACGCAAGAAACGCUCCACCGAGACUAAGGACACCUGUACAGCCCAGACAGAAACCUGCUGCGUGAGGAGCUUGUACAUUGACUUCAGGAAAGAUCUGGGCUGGAAGUGGAUACAUAAGCCAACAGGCUACAAUGCUAACUACUGCAUGGGGUCCUGCACCUACAUCUGGAAUGCUGAAAACAAAUAUUCUCAGAUUUUGGCCCUGUACAAGCAUCAUAACCCAGGAGCCUCUGCCCAGCCCUGCUGUGUUCCCCAGACACUGGAGCCCCUGCCAAUCCUCUACUACGUGGGCAGGCAACACAAGGUGGAGCAGCUGUCCAAUAUGAUAGUGAAGUCCUGCAAGUGUAGCUAAAAAUGGAUCACAAUGCUCUGCCUCCCCUCAAACAUAUACAGAGAUGUGUUUGAGACCACAGAGAGGAGCCUGACGGAGA